AGAUGUCAUCCAUCAUUGAUGGGCUCGGGCAGGCAGGCUGCUGGCCCCAUUGAUCUUUCGAGAAGCCAAAGGGUUCCAGGUGGGAACCCAUCCCUGGCAUAGACGCAAGGAGACAUGCGCAGCCCAACUGAGCCCUCUCGGCUGUGUGCCUUUGGGAGUGAUUGAGCGGCCUGAACUCCCUCUGACCGACACUCUUCUCCGACAACUUGUCCAGUUUUAGCAACUUCUGCCUGCUCAGCUGCUCCAUUCAUAGCAAUGGUCUCCCCGGCCAUUGCACUGGCCUUCAUCCCUUUCGUGUUCACCCUCAUCCUCCGCUACCGCCAUUACUUCCUGCUCUUCUACCGAGCGGUGCUGGUUCGACGGCUGCAGGACUACCUGACUGGCAUCCCCAAGGAGGAGAGGGCGUUCCAGUACGUCCUGACCCACGCCAUCCCCGGAGAUCCGCUCCACAUCUUGGAGACCUUCGAUCACUGGAGUUAUCACUGCGAGUACCUCAGUAAUCUGGGACCCCAGAAAGCGAAGAUCUUGGAGCGGCUGAUCUACGAGAAGGCCCCCCUCUCCGUCUUGGAGCUGGGCACCUACUGUGGUUAUGCCACCAUCCUCAUUGCCCAGUCCCUGCCGCUGGGCGCUCGGCUGUACACGGUGGAGAUGGACACCCGCAAAGCAACCGUGGCCGAGAAGGUGAUCCGCCUCGCUGGCUUCGAUGACGACACGGUGGAGCUGAUUGUGGGGUCCUCAGAGGAAGUCAUCCCCCACCUCAAGGAGAAGUAUGGGCUGCUCCAAGCGGACUUCGUCUUCAUGGACCACUGGAAGCGCUGCUACCUGCGGGACCUACAGCUGCUGGAAGCCCACGACCUUCUCCCCAAGGGGGCCACCAUCGUGGCCGACAACAUCAUGUGCCCUGGAGCUCCGCAGUUCCUCAAGUAUGUCAAGGCCUGCAGCAAGUAUCAGUGGAAGCUCCACCGGACCAGCCUGCAGUACUUCCGGGGCAUUCGAGACGGAAUGGUCCAGCUGACCUACACAGGUCUCAAGUGAGGAGCAGCUGCCCUGGGGAAGUUGAUCUGCACUCCCCAGACUGGAGGGCCCGCACCUUCCUCCUUGUUUACUUCUUUACCCAAUUUACACCCACUUGUUCUGUCCUCCCGAGGGUGAUCGAGGCGGCUCGUGGGUUAAAAAUAUACUUAAUAAAAACAGGUCUUAAAAUCAUUUUUUAAAAAAAUCUCACAUCAUUAAAACCAAAGCUACGAUUCACGUACAAGAACUCCAAAACAAUGUAUUGUCGAAGGCUUUCA